GUGACUCCUAUCUUUCCACUACUCUAUUUCCCACAAUCAUACAACUCGACAAAAUGGACAAUUCAAACCUCUUCGAUGUCAAGGGCAAGAUCGUGCUCGUCACCGGCGGUGCCAAAGGCAUCGGUCGCAUGAUCAGCGAGGGCUUCGUGCAGAACGGCGCGAACGUAUACGUUUCCUCUCGCGACGCAAAGGCUUGCGAGCAAGCGUGCAAAGAGCUCAAUGCGCUCGGCAAAGGGAAAGCUGAUUUCAUUGCUGCCGACUUGUACAAGGAGGAGGAUAUCACAAAGAUUGCCGAUGAGCUGAAGAAGAGGGCAGGAAAACUCGACGUCCUCGUAAACAACAGCGGCAGCAACUGGGGCGAGUCCUACGACACCUACCCUUCAGCAGCGUGGGACCGCGUCCUCACUCUCAACCUAAAGCGUAUCUUCCAGCUCACCCAAGCCGUUACACCCCUUCUCGAAACCGCACAGACUUCUACCUCGCCUUCGAGAGUGAUCAACAUCGGUUCCGUCGACGGCCUUCGUGUCCCGGCCCUUGAGACCUUCGCCUACUCCGCCUCGAAAGCGGGUCUACACCACAUGAGCCGCGUGCUAGCAAGUCACCUUGGUAAGAGGGGUAUUACGAGCAACACCAUUGCCUGUGGGCCGUUCCAGAGUAAGAUGAUGAAGGCGACGUUGGAGAAGUUCAAGGAUGUCAUCGAAAGUGGUAUUCCCUUGGGGCGGAUUGGAAGCCCAGAGGACGUUGCAGGCACAUGUAUAUGGCUGAGCUCGAGAGCUGGGUCAUACGUCAAUGGCGCCACGAUUGCGUUGGAUGGUGGGAGUGUGGUUGGUGCUAAGCUAUAAGAUUUUGAAUUAUUGCACAGGGCGGG